AAUCUAUCCAUUUCCGGUCAUUUGUCAUCGAAGAUUAACCAUGUCGAGGGUUUGCAUUUCACGAAGUAUUCGAAUUUUACAGAGGAAAACAUAUCCAAACCAAUGGAGUCAAAACAUGACAUUUUCAUCUAGAAGUUUACCCAUGAACACAGUAGUAUUGUUUGUGCCCCAACAAGAAGCAUGGGUUGUGGAGAGGUUUGGAAAGUUUGACAGAAUAUUAAACCCUGGUCUCAACUUGAUUUUACCAGUCAUUGAUAAAAUCAAAUAUGUACAGUCUUUAAAGGAAGUGGCAUCAGAGGUACCAGAACAGGCUGCUGUAACAUCAGAUAAUGUUACACUUGGACUAGAUGGGGUGUUAUACACUAAAGUAUUCGAUCCUUACAAGUGUAGUUAUAAUGUAGAAAAUGCUGACUUUGCCAUCAAGAAAUUAGCACAGACUACCAUGAGAUCAGAAAUAGGAAAAAUUACAUUAGACACUGUAUUCAGGGAAAGAGAGAUUUUGAAUGUGAAUAUUGUGGAUUCCAUCAACAAAGCAUCUGAACCCUGGGGAAUAUCAUGUUUACGAUAUGAAAUAAGAGACAUGACUCUUCCACUCAGGAUCCAGGAGGCUAUGCAGAUGCAAGUCGAAGCUGAGAGGAAAAAGAGAGCUAGUAUUUUAGAAUCUGAAGGUAUCAGGGAGGCAGAGAUAAAUGUAGCCGAAGGCAAAAAGAAAGCAAAGAUUCUCAACUCCGAGGCCUUCCAAAUAGAACAAGUUAAUAUUGCAACUGGUGAAGCACAGGCAAUUCGUUUUAUGGCUGAAGCCAAGGCAAAAGCAGUCACUCAAGUAGCAGAAGCCAUCAGUCAACAGAAUGGAAUGAAUGCUGUGUCAUACAGUAUUGCAGAGCAGUAUGUGGAUGCUUUUGGGAAACUGGCCAAAACAAAUAACACUAUGAUUCUACCAGCAAAUUCUGGGGAUGUUGGAGGGAUGGUUGCACAAGCAAUGACAGUGUACAAAAAUCUUUCAAAUAUGGACCAACUAAAGAGUGAAACAGCAUUAAGAACUGACAAACUUACAAACUCAAAGGAAUGAGAUCAAUGCUUUUUAAGAUCUGGUGCAAACGUUUAAACAAACUACAUUGUGAGAGAGGGAGAAAGGACUAUUUUAUAUUCAAAACUGUGCAGUUUUGUUUAAUAUAGUUUAAAUAAACAAAGAAUUUAUUAA